AAUUUCAAACAACCCAUUGUCAGUCUAUAUAUCCUUCUCUUAAAAGUUUUCUUCUAUUCUGUUCUUUAGUUUUUUCUCAGAAUACAAACAAUGGAUUUUGAAAGUAUAGCAAAAUCUCUGGAGCACAAGAACAUCUUGAUCACUGGUACUAGUGGGUUCCUAGCAAAAAUUUUCAUGGAGAAAGUUCUUAGGUCUCAACCUAAUGUCAAGAAGCUUUUUAUCUUGUUAAGAGCAGAGAAUGAUACAUUAGCUGCACAAAGACUGCAAAAUGAAGUGAUUGGGAAGAAAGUAUUUCGGGUUUUGAAAGAGGAACAUGGAACCGGUUUCGGUUCGUUUAUGUCGGAUAAAGUGACUGCUGUUGCCGGUGACAUCUCCUUUGAGAAUUUGGGUAUAAAAGACUCCACUCUGAAGGAAGAGAUGUGGGGAGAAAUCAACUUCAUCGUCAAUGUUGCAGGGAAUACCACCUUUGAUGAGAGAUAUGAUGUUGCUUUAAGCACCAAUGCCCUUGGAGUUAAGCACAUCUGUGAGUUUGCAAAGAAAUGCACUAAACUAGAAUUGCUUUUCCAUGUUUCAACAGCUUAUGUCACUAGAGAAAGGGAAGGAAUCAUAUUUGAAAAACCAUUCCAAAAGGAUGAAACUUUUGGUGAAAACCAUAAGCUUGAUGUUGCAGUAGAGCAAAAACUAGUCCAAGAAAGAUUAAAGGGACUUCAAGAAGAGAAAGCUACAGAUGAAGCCACAAAGCUUGCCAUGCAAGAUCUGGGGUUACAAAGGGCUAGAUUAUUUGGCUGGGCAAACACAUACGUCUUCACGAAGUCAAUCGGAGAGAAGCUUCUCGGCCAUCUCCGAGGGGAUCUACCUGUCGUUAUCUUACGUCCUACCAUUAUCACAAGCACUUACAAAGAACCAUUCCCCGGUUGGAUUGAAGGCUUCAGGACCAUUGAUUCUCUGAUUGUGAGCUACGGCAAGGGGAAAUUGAAUCACUUCCUAGCAGAUCCUGAGGCGCCACUAGAUGUGGUUCCUGGAGAUAUGGUCGUAAAUGCAAUGUUAGCAACAAUUGCCGCUCAUUCUUGUCAACGUUCUCAAUUCAUCUAUCAUGCUAGCACAUCUACAAGGAAUCCACUGAAGAACAAUGCAGUAGUUGAAUUUAGUUACCAGUACUUCUCCAAGAAUCCAUGUCUUGGAAGGGAUGGAAUGCCUGUUAGGGUUACCAAAGGUUCUCUACUUCCAACAAAGGCUAGCUUCAACAACCUCAUGACUCUACAAUAUAAGCUACCAAUACAGGUCUUGCGAGUUAUGAAUGCAUUAUCUUUCCAAUCUUUGGACAAUCUAUAUUGCAAUCUCAACCGGAAAUACAACCUAAUAACGCGUUUUGUUGAACUCUACGAGCAUUUUGCCUUUUUCAAAGCAAGAUUUGAUGACUCAAACUUGGAGAAAUUGAGAGUGAAUACAACAGAUGAUAACAUAGCUUCCAUGAAAUUUUAUUUAGAUCCAAAGUGCAUCAAUUGGGAAGAUUACUUCAUCAAUGUUCACAUUCCUGGCCUUGUUCAACACUCAAUCAAAUGAAAGUUCAAACAAAGUUUGAAAGUUGCAGAUUGGUUUCCUCCAAUUCAUCCAAGUCUUCUCAUUUGUUCUCCUAAUCUUAUAUUAUUAUCAUGUCAAUGUGUAUUUUAGUUUCUAAGGCCUUCUAAAGAGUAAGUCAGAAAUUAUCAAAGUCUAAAAAGUUGUAUGUA